GUCGAAUCCACUGCCACCCAAUCAAACUGGUGAGAUUUGUGUUCGUGGACCAAAUAUGAUGCAAGGAUAUUAUAACAAUCCUGAAGCUACGAGAGAAACAAUAGACAAGGAAGGAUGGCUGCACACAGGAGAUGUUGGUUAUUUCGAUGAACAAGGGCAACUCUUCGUGGUGGAUCGUAUCAAAGAGUUGAUCAAGUGUUAUGGGUUUCAGGUGGCGCCGGCAGAACUUGAAGGGCUGCUGCUCUCCCACUCCGAGAUAGUCGACGCUGUUGUCAUCCCGUACCCGGAUGUAAAGGCCGGCGAGGUUCCUAUUGCAUAUGUCGUCCGUGCGCCCAACAGCUCGCUCAGUGAAGCGAGUGUGCAGACCUUCAUUGCAGCACAGGUCGCGCCGUACAAGAAGCUGAGGAGGGUGACGUUCGUGGACAAGGUUCCGAGGUCUGGUGCUGGGAAGAUUCUCAGAAGACAACUGAUUGAACAAGUGCGAUCACAGACAUGA